GUGUGUGACGACUCACGGACGUCCGACGAGACUGGUGGUGAGUGGUGAUGAGAUUGCUUGCAGUGCUUGCCGCGGAGCGCGCAGAAAUGUCGCACGCGUAAACCGCGCGACGGUCGCUUGUUAUGUUUGACCGUCCCGCCGCGGGUGAUCCCGGUGAUAGUCGUCGCGUCUCCGUCGCAGGAACGACCGCAGCAGCCCGAUCCAGCGGACCUCGUCAUCACGGUCAUCCCGUCUCCUUCCUCGCCGCCUCCCCGCUGUUGCCGCGCUCGGCGCCCACGGUUCGGUGACACGACACGGCGUCGUCCCGGUGCGACCCGCGCGCACCAGAAGCAGCAUGCAGUUCUACAAGGACAGGCUGCUGUCGCCCGGUCAGCUGAAGCGGCUCAGCGAGCACAAGUACAGCUGCACGAGCAACAGCCUCCUCGACGGCCUCCUGCAGCCAUGGUGGGACUGGCUGGUCAGCAAGGUGCCGCUCUGGCUCGCGCCCAACCUCAUCACCGUGCUCGGCCUGAUCGUCAACAUCGCCACCACCCUGAUCCUCGUCUACUACAGCCCGGACGCGAGGGCCGAGGCACCUAGAUGGGCAUGUUUUUUAUGUGCACUCGGUCUGUUUAUAUAUCAGAGUUUAGACGCUAUCGACGGUAAACAGGCAAGGAGAACCGGCACGUCUACACCCUUGGGCGAGUUGUUUGACCAUGGAUGUGAUUCGAUAUCGACAGUGUUUGUAGCUUUGUCGGCGUGUAUAGCUGUACAAUUAGGAUACUACCCAACAUGGAUGUUUUUCCAGUGUUUCUGCGCAAUGACACUUUUCUACUGCGCUCAUUGGCAGACAUAUGUGUCAGGUUCCUUGAGAUUUGGUAAAGUGGAUGUAACGGAAGCACAGUUUACAAUCAUAGCUAUUCAUCUGAUUUCCGCAAUCUUCGGUCCACAAAUCUGGAUGAUAGAGAUACCAUUCUUAGAUGGUUUUAUGUUUAAGUAUUUAUUAGGAGUUAUGACAGUGGUGUGUGCACUGGCAAAUUUGUAUUCCAUAUUUUCGGUGAUUUUCACCGGAGGAGUGGGCAAGAAUGGUUCCACUGUGGCUAUCCCUGUACUCGGUGUAGGCACGUUGAAUAACUACAUAGCAGUGGUCUUUUAUGCAGGCUACGUUCACGUGUUCCUUGAAUUCUGUAAAGUCUUUGAAUCUGGUGGGAUUGGAAAAAACGGUUCCACAAUUGCAUUGCCAUACACUGGCACAGAGGUGAAGGUGUUUCCGUUAUGGGCUGCUGUGGGCAUCGCUAUUUUACUUGCACAGAGCAGCAUAUCCGUCAUUCUCGCCGGUGGUGUCGGAAAAAAUGGCUCCACCGUCGCAGGAACGUCAGUUUUAUCGCCAAUUAUACCAUUUAGUUUUGUGGUAGUGCCGGCUUUUAUAAUAUAUAGAAAAAGCGCCGAACACGUCUACGAAAACCAUCCAGCUUUGUAUAUACUCGCGUUCGGAAUGGUGGCGGCCAAAGUUACGAAUAGACUAGUGGUUGCUCAUAUGACGAAAAAUGAGAUGCAAUACUUGGACAGUUCGUUAAUUGGACCAGCUAUGCUGUUCCUUAAUCAAUAUUUCAACUUUUUCAUCAAAGAAUACUACGUUCUUUGGCUGUGUUUCAUCUGGGUCACUCUGGAUCUCUUCCGGUAUAGUGGUCAAGUGUGUCUUGAAAUAUGCGAUCACAUGAAGAUCAAGCUGUUCAGGAUACCCCUCAACCACCACACAGGCACUAUCCAGGCUAACGCCGCCGAGAAAAAUGUUCACAUGAUGGUGGAGGAAGAGCCGCUGUUAGACGAGGAAUACCAUCACGGAUCCGACACGGCCGUCGACCUCUGAUAUAUUAUAUUAGACUUAAAGCUAUUGGUUUCUCGAUCGGCCACACGCGCGACCACACGACUCGAAACGAUCGCGAUAACGUCGUACGAGACUGCGGAAAAAAAUAAUAAUAAAAGGUUCGCGUUCGAUCUCGCGGGAUAUCCCGUUAUAUUGCUGGCCAACACCCGCGAGAUCCGCGCGCGCGGCGACGAUUGCACGAGGAAUGAAACUUAUUGUGUGUCUCGCACAGAUGCAUGGUGGUACCUCGCAUACGUGCUCGCACAUGCAAAAGAGAUUUGUCCCGCAUCUCCCUUUUAUAUCGCAAUAUUUUGUACGUGCCGUUUCAAUAUUUACAUAUACAUAUACAAUUACGUUAGAUUUCUCGUCGGAAACAGUACAAAAAAAAGCGAGCAUUAGCGAUUUACGGUUGAACCGAUACGAUUGUACCGAGCCUACGAGCGGAAUCGCUUUUUUUUCUUGUUACACGUGUGCGCCUGUGUCGGCUACUUAAAUGGCAUUACUUAAAUGGAUGGGAGGAGAAUAUAUUCCGCAAUAUAUUACGGGUGUAGCUUUUCGUGCAAUGCGCGACAUUCGAUCGGCGAACUUAAAGUUACUAAUUAUAGCUUAUAUCGUAGAUGCGUCGAAAUCAACGAAUUUUGUCUCGUUAAGAGAUCUCGUUAAAGAGGAUUCCCUGCAGAUAUCGAUGAAAUGUAUUCGGAAUAUGAAGGAUUGUUGAGGCAUUUUUUGAUUGAAACAUAGAAGCGAUAUUUUGACUUGCUGAUAAUAUUUGCCGUUUGAAUACGAACGCUGGUGAACGCUGCAGGAACGAGUGCUUCUUUCUUGCGUGCGAAUAUCGGCAGAAAGCUGUUGGCAUCUAUUUUAUACAGUAACAAUUAUGUAAUCACAACGUAAGGAGACGCAACUCCGAAAGCCUGAUGCAGGAAAUCGUUAAAUAUAUGUAUAAGCUAGUAAGACGAACACUACAGUAUUACGAAUGUUAAUCGUAGCUUUUAAUUCUUUCGCGUGACUGUAUUUUCAAUGUGUCGAAAUUAUUUUGCACGUUCUUUCUUUACUCGCAGCAGAGAUUAUAAAUCUAUCGCACUAACGUUAGAUUUGUUAAGUUCUCACGAACGCUAUAGAGAUUUUUUGUCUGUCAUCUCGAAACGAUUAUAGAUUUGCUAAUCUGUCUAAUCUGUGGUGUUCUACACAUAGCGUGAGGUAAUUGCUGUCCUAAGACGCUCCUAUCUCAGUCAACGAAAUCGCGUAAUUUAUUAAUUAUAAAAUUCAUAUGGUAUAUUUAAUAAAAUUUAUACAAGCGCGA